AUGGAAAUGAACCACCUCAUAGGUCAGCGUUUCAACCUGAUCUCGAAAAGUGAUAUUCGCUAUGUCGGUACUCUCCACGAAAUCAACCCAGAAGCUUCCACGAUAGCUCUUGAGAAUGUCAUGUCAUUCGGCUCAGAAGGGCGCCGUGGCAACCCCGCUGAAGAAGUGCCCCCCCUCCACCAGAGCCCGCACCGCAAGAAGCACCUCGGGUACCAGAAGACCCUGCCAUUCUCGGGGGCGCGCAACGACCUGUUCCUGGCCAAGGGCCUGACCCGGGACCUGCUCCACAGAAUCUUCCUCCCCAGGGCCCUCCCCAGCUGCCGCAGGGAGCCGGUCCUACUCCUCCCGGUUACCCCCCGCAGCACCAAUUCCAGCAAGGUUUCUACCCUCCCUACGGACAGCGAUUUGGACCACCUCCUCCAUUCCCUCCCGGUCCUGGUUUUCCGCCGUAUGGUGCUCCGCCCGGAUGGUACCCCCCCUCCAGGCCAUGGAUUCCCUCCUGGGCCCGGUCAAUUCCAGCCCCCGAUGCCCAUUGGCCCUGGUCAACAACCUGGACCUCAACAGCCUGGCCCUCAGCAACCUGGACCUCAGCGCCCGGGACCUCCCGGUGCCCCACCGGCACCUAAGCCUACCUCCGAACUCCCGAACGCCCCCACUCCUCCAAUCGAGUCCAAGCCCACUGUAUCUGAAGCUUUGCAAGGCCCUGCCAGUUCUGCUCCUCUGGCUGCUGUCCCUCAAAAGAAUGGCCGAGUCAUGCCAGCUAUUCCGAUCGCGGCCCCAAAGCCUGCUCCUACGGCCGCCCACAUUCCUAGCGCCCCUCGGGGAAAUAACCAGUCUAUCACCGAUGCCACUGCCGCCGCCACUGCUGCCGUUGCUGCGGCCAUGGCCAAGUUGCCGCAGCCUGGUGCUCAAAAGCAAGCUGGACAGCCCGAAGGUGCAGUGGACGCGCUUACGCAGCAGAUGAACAACAUGCGCCCUUAUGACAACACCCGUCCUGCCCGAGGCGGUCACCACCACCCUCGUGGUGGUCGCGGCGGUGCUCGUCCUCAGCACCAGGCCAAAAAAAUCGAAGUCCCCCAAUCGGAUUACGAUUUCCAAACGGCGAACGCCAAGUUCAACAAGCAGGAUUUGGUGAAGGAGGCCAUUGCCACUGGAGUGCCUGUUGCUGAAGCCGAGGCCCAUGCAGCGGAGGAGGCAGAAUCCAUGGAAUCCUUGUCAAACGCCGGCGUGGUUGCCAACCAUGGCUACAACCGUGGUUCUUCCUUCUUCGACAAUAUCUCGAGUGAGGCUCGCGAUCGCGAGGAAAACACCACUCGUGUCGGAGGUCGUGAAUGGCGCGGCGAGGAGGAGAAACGCAAUAUGGAAACCUUCGGACAGGGCAGCGUUGACGGCUACCGCCCCAACUACCGCGGUCGUGGCCGCGGCCGCGGCUAUGGCCGUGGUCGAGGUGGUUACAGUCGUGGCUACGGCCGGGGUCGGGGUGGCCGGGUCCCCUCGGAGUCCACUGGUGUUCCAUCCCAGGGUUGA